GCGGCAGCGCCUCCCGGCAUCCCGGGACCGCUCCGCCCAUCCCGGCCCGGCCCGGCCCGUCCCGUCCCGGCCGGCGGAGGAGGAGCCGGCGCGGCGGCUCCGGCCGGGCUGAGGCGCGGCCGGGCCCGCGGUGAGCGAUGUCCCUGGCGGAGCGGCGGCGGCGGCGGCAAGAGGAGGAAGAGGAGCGGGAAGGAGAGGCAGGGGAUGGAGCCGGUGCGGGCGAGGAGGUGGUGCAGAUCCGGCUGGGGGACAAGUGCUACCCGGUGUGCAAGAGGAAGCUGAUCGAGCAGAGCGACUAUUUCCGAGCGCUCUACCGCUCGGGAAUGCGGGAGGCAGGGCAGGGCCAGGAGGAGCAGCUGCUGCGCGGGGGGCUGAGCGCCCUGGGGCUGGAGCUGGUGCUGGACUUCAUCAACACGUCCUGCCUGGCCAGGCUGGAGCAGGAGGAGGGCGGCGAAGAGGAGCCGCCGCUGCUGGAGGAGCUGGUGGAGGCCGCGUCCUACCUGCAGGUCACGCCCCUGCUGCGGCUGCUGCUGUCGCAGGUGCGGCUGGGCAACUGCUUCGAGCUGCACCGCCUGGCGCAGGUGUACGGCCUGCAGGACCUGCACGACGCCUGCCUGGACUUCAUGGCCGCCCACUACCACCAGGUGCUGCGCAGGCCCGACGCCCGCCCGCACCUCCUGCUGCCCCCGGCGCUGCAGCAGCAGCUGCGGGAGCGGCGCAUGAGGGGCACGGCCACCCUGGUGCUGCUCGGGGACUUCAUGGGCGCCUGCCCGCCGGGGCUGCCCGCCGGCUGCCACCCCGCGGGGGACGCGCCCUGGGCCAUGCUCCGGUACGACGAGGAGGCGCGGCGGUGGCUGCCGCUGGCCAACAACCUGCCCGCCGAUCUGGUGAGCGUCCGCGGCUACGGCUCGGCCACGCUGGACAAUUACCUGUUCAUCGUCGGCGGCUACCGCAUCACCAGCCAGGAGAUCUCGGCCGCGCACUGCUACAACCCGUGCCUGAACGAGUGGAGCCAGCUGGCCUCGAUGAACCAGAAGAGAUCCAACUUCAAGCUGCUGGCUGUCAGUGGAAAGCUCUAUGCCAUCGGUGGUCAGUCCCUUUCCAAUGUGGAGUGCUACAACCCGGAGAACGACUGGUGGAAUUUUGUGGCGUCCAUGCCAAACCCUCUUGCAGAAUUCUCAGCCUGUGAAUGCAAGGGCAAGAUCUAUGUUAUUGGAGGCUACACUGCACGAGGCAGGAACAUGAGCAUUCUGCAGUACUGUCCCAAUUCUGAUUCCUGGACCAACUUGGAGCUGUGUGACGUGCACGUCCGCAAGCAGCAGAUGCUGUCUGUGGAGGAGACCAUCUACCUGGUGGGGGGCUGCAUCCUUGACCUUGGACCAAACCAGAGAUCCAGCCCCAGUGAGGAUGUGCUCACGGUGCAGUCCUACAACAUUGCCACCAAAGAGUGGCUCUACCUCAAUGAGAACUCAUCCAAAUCCGGCCUGAACUUGACUUGCACUCUCCACAACGAUGGAGUCUAUAUCUUGAGUAGGAAUAUUACUGUGUCUUCCAGCUUGGAGCAGCGGCUCUUCCUGAAGUAUAACAUCUUCACGGACACUUGGGAGUCGCUGGGGCGCUUCCCAGCCUUUGGACAAAACAUUCUGAUUUGUUCUAUGUAUUUGCCUGAUGGGCGAGAAGUAUAA